CCCUCGUCGUGGAGCGCGUCCGAGUGCCGGAUUUGAAAACUCACAAGGAGAGGCGACGAGAAGAGAGGGGGAGGGGGAAAGUGAAAGCGCCGAGAGGCAGCGUUUGCAUGCGGCUCGGAGGAGGGGCAGGAGCGCGAGGUCGAGGGCCUCGAAGCUCGAAGGGACGGGGAGAGCUGCCAGGGAGCGAUGCGAUCGACGAGCAGUGUCCCAAGACGAGGAGCCAGCGGAGCGACUGACUGACAGACGCAUUCGCUUCGUCUGAAUUUGGUUGAAGGCGCGACGAAGGCCGAGAGGACAUGAAGUGCUUCCGAGGCAGAAGAAGAUGGGAUUUCUGGUCGCGGUCGGCGUAGAAGAAGCCGACGAAGUUGAAGAAAACGAGGAGCGCGAGGAGGAGGUGGUUAAGAAAUUUGAUCUACGUGAGUGCUCCGUGAAUUAUAAGUCCGCGAGCGAAGAGUGCGACGGCGGGAGAGGGCGGUGCCGGUGGUUGGCGAUUCGGUGAGAUGCCUGACGAGUGCUGGGGCUAGUUCGGUGAGGAGUCCGUUUCAGUAGGUCCGAGGCGGGAUGGCGCAAUCGGGCCUUCCUAGAGGGCGGUCCUGGACUGCCGGAGCGCCGGCAGCAGGUGGAUCAGGUGCGGGGGGUGCAGCGUUCGCAGCUUCUUCGCGCUGGCUUCGGAACGAGAGGUACCGCGAGCUCAAUCAACUGGAGGAGGAAGCGAAGAGGAAUAUGAAGGAGAUUAAGCUUAUGGAGAAGGAGAUUCGCGAGCAGGCUGCUAAGUUGGAGAUGCUCAAGAAGCUCGAUGCCAAGCGGGUGGAAAGGAUUUCCGACCUAAGCAGGGUCCUCGAGACGGAGGAGAAUGUGGAGGGGAAGAGAAAGGGAGGAGGCGAAGGUGGUGUUGAUGUUGAUGAUGGGAAGCAGCAAGCGAGCGAGGGGUUGCAAGAGCAACUCAUGCGUUUGGAGCAAGAACGCGCCAGUAUUCUGAGCACGAUGGAGCAGACGAAGGUGGCACUGGAGCAGAAGGAGAAGGAAUUAGACCGGCUCGCAGGGCAUCACAAGGGUCUGUGCGAUCAGAUUGGGAAGGAGGAAAAAGCGUUGCAAGCAGCAGAAUUGGAGGAGUCGCUCCAGCAGAGUGUGGCCGUGCACCAGGAGAUGCGAUCGCUGUCCGAAGACCUGGGACGCCUCCGAGGUUUGAUGGAUGGCCUUCCCUCCGUACCCGAUCAGUUCAAGCAAAAUCCGAUGCGUCCAGUGAAACCCAGAGGCACAUAUCAUGCAGUUACGAACAGGGGGAAUAGAAGUGUGGCAAGGAAUAAUCAUGAGUCGAUUCCAGCUCCCGAACAAGGCCGCUCUUCGGCCGGGCAUGCCCUCCCUUUUACCGGCAGAAACAAGGUGCCUGUAGAAUUUGAAGAAAGGGAGGGCUCAAACCGGAAACGCCACAAGAACAGUUCAUUCGAGCAAGAGCUUCAACGAUUGCAUGAACAGAGAGAGAGAUUGGAGCAAGAGGCUCACGAGAAGCAGAUGUUGUUGGAGUCUGUGGCCCGGUUCUCCAACCAGUCACGAGAUGCCGAGUCUGGCAUAGGGAUGUAUUCCCGUAAACUGGUUGGAACUUCUCAACCAAUACUGAGCCCAUCCUCUGUCUUUGAAGGAUUCAAAGACACCCCGUCGCUGGGGCCGCCUAGACCGGCAACUACAGACUCAAGUUCUGCUUCUUCCGAUGCAUCAUCCGAAGACACCACCGUUGAGAAGCCCGAGAAUGGCGCUGUCAAUUCGGCCGCGAAGCGCCUGAAUUUCGGAGACUCCUCGUUGAAAAAACCCGAUACCACUAUGCUUCACCCGGUUGGUACAGGUAAGAGUUGUAUUUCUAUGGAAUCGAACUCAGACUGUGUGUCCGAACGGGAUGAUGAUAUGAGUAAAGACCAUUUCGGCAGCGUGGCUGUAGAAGACGGGUCUGUAGGAAGCUGCACGGACAUCACCGAGGAGCAAGGCUUUCCAGAGAAUGGAUUGAAGGGGGGAUGUUCUCCAGAGGAAGGUGAAACAAAGGACUUCCUUCAAGGAGAAUCGGUAGUGGAAGGCAUUGAAGAGGAAGAGUUAACGACAGGUAGUGGUAUCAACGAGAUUCAGAGACUCGAAGAGGAAGUUGGCAGCUGGGGAUAUGGAGAAACUCCGAGAAUUCUCCCUACGGAAGAACUUUUGCCUUCGGAAAUUAGAGCUGCCGAGACACCUGGAACUCUUAUUUAUCAUGAGGAACCAGGAGAGGGCGUUGUUGAGGAGGAAUCAUUGAGCGCUAGGUGUCACAAGAUCAGGCGAUCUUUGGAAUUUAUUUUCGAUUCGAAAAAUAUAGAAGGUGCUAGAGGAUCUCUUGAGACCUGUUUACACCCAGCUGUGCCGUCCUCUCAAUCACACCUGGAAGAGGAGGAAUCUUUUCAAGUCUCUAUAUUGAAGUCUUUUCAAACUGAAGAGGGCAAUCAACCUCGAGAACUAUAUGCUAAAAUUGGCGAUGAAGAUGAAUUCCGAGUAGGGAGACGAGAAGCAUCUGCUAAUGUUGGUGAUGACAACGAUUUUCAAAUCUGGAAACAGAAUGCCGAAACUCACAUACGGGAAUUGAGUUCUCAGUUUAGUCUUCUCCAUCAAAAGGUGGAGCGUGAAGUGGAGCUGCAAGAUGAGUUGAGGAAGCAACAGCACCUAGAACAGAGUUCAGCUACUACAGAACAGCUGACCAAGCAGGUUAACUCCUUUGGAGACGAAAUUACUGAACUCAGACAGAGCAUGCUCCAACUGCAGCAGAAACUUCUAAAGGAAGUUGAAAGCAGGUCAAGCGCGGAGCAUUCUAUAGAGCACUUCCGCAGUAUCUGCACUGAUCAAUCAUCCAAAUUGGAGCAUAUGGAGAGUCGGGUUAGCAUAUUAGCCAACGAGCUAGAGCAGCAACUGCAGCUGAAAGCCGAGCUAGAGGGAAAGCUUGACAAAGAAGCUCAAGAAAGAUUGAAAGUUGAGGUACGGCUCAAGGACCUGAGUCAUGCUGUUUUGCUUACGGCCAGCACACGAGAGAGAGGAGAAGAAGCAGUUGAAGAGCUGGUUGAGAAGCAGAAGAUAUUGUUGAUUGACCAAUUGAAAGAGGCAGAGAAGCUUCGAACUGUGGCGGAAGUGAGAGUAUGUACUCUUGAUAAGCAAGUCGAGCAGUUAGAAAUGGUCUGUGAUGUAUCUCAAAAUAUCCAAGAGAUUUUGAAGUUUCAAGACAAAGCUCUGAAGUUGGGGUUACAAACCCUAGUUCAGGUGCUUAUGCUAGCAUUUGGUGUAGUUACUUUGUACAGCCGGGUUGCGGAAGCAAUUAAAGGUUCCCUCAUUCCUACCUAGAAUCACCCAAAUCGGGAAAGCCCAGCGCGCAUCUCGAUAAUCUUGCACAAAGUCCACCUUCUAGAUGUGGAGGUCUCACAUCACGCAUGUGUGGAGGUUAAAUCUAACUUCAGUCCUACCCAACAAGAACACUUCCACAGGCAAGUGCGUUCCUCUGAUUUUAUCUUGUUGGUAGCGUCAAGAAGAGACUGUGCUGUACUUUUUGUAAUUAAUUUUCUCUCAUGUUUUGAGGUGUACAUUUCUCUCGACACUCCAAG